AAUUGUCAGUCAGUUCAGUGAGUAGUAACGAUCGAAGAGCGGUGAACAUCGAGGAGAGAGGUCGUGGAGGAUUUUACCAUCUAACCACCAUCGCCGUUCGCCAAUUACACCAUGGCUGAUACCGAAAAGGCGCCGCAGCCGCAGCCCCAACAGCAGCAACAGCAAGACCCACCAUCGCAGCCGCAACAACCCAAGGCGGCUAAACAAAAGCAGGUCAUUGCUGAGAGAGUUUCCGGCACGGUGAAAUGGUUCAACGUCAAGAGUGGAUAUGGUUUCAUCAACAGGAAUGACACGAAGGAAGAUGUGUUUGUUCACCAAACAGCAAUUGCCCGGAAUAAUCCACGCAAGGCUGUGCGCUCGGUCGGCGACGGUGAGGCGGUGGAAUUUGCCGUGGUUGCCGGGGAGAAAGGUUAUGAGGCAGCUGGUGUCACCGGCCCCGGGGGCGAGCCUGUGAAGGGCUCGCCUUAUGCAGCUGACAAACGCCGCGGCUACCAUCGCCAAUAUUACCCCCGUCAAAGUGGCGGACGUGGUGGUGAAGGAGCUCCACGCAGAGGUGGUAUGAUGCCACGACGUGGGCCCCCGUCCAACCAGGGGGGCGCACAGGGGGAUGAAGGUCAGGAGGCUGGCGGAGCUCCACCGCAGCGUAGCUAUUUCCGUCGCAACUUCCGCGGUGGACGUCGUGGUGGCGGCCCGGGGCCAAUGAACCGCGGCGGGUACCGUCGCAUGCGCCCGCGCAACUAUCAGCAGGGCCAGGCUCCUGGUCAACAACAGGGCCAAGCUGGAACCCCGGCGCCACGCCAGAACGGACAGGAGGGCGACACCGCCCCUACUACGUCUUCGCCGCAGCCGCCACAACAGCCGCCCAAGCCCAAGAACAACAAGCAGGGCACCACCAUCGAAACCACCACCAAUGAAAGCCAGGCCUAAACAUCGGCCGUCGCACUGUGUGGCACAACCUUAAGUAGUGCAUGUUAAUUCUAGCUGUGCCACACGUCCAUCACAACUUACUGUCUUGUCUGUUCAACUAAAGAGUGUUUCGUUUCAAUGUUGUUUCAGACUUGAGGCGUUAAGAUCUUUAUAUACUUAUAACAUAUUUUUGUCUUGAUUGAACAUUAUCGCAGGGGGAGUUACAGAUGGAACUGCAAUGUAUCAUGGAUCAAAAAUGUGAUAUUUUUAUUAUUAUUUAUAUUAUGUAUUGUUUGAAUGUUUGGAUUUCGUGAUUUUGCUUGUAACAUUAGAUUUGAAAGUAUUAAAAACUAAAGUUAAUUAUCGAUUGUGGUCUUCAAAUCGGGUUAAUUAAAAUCACCUGAUAAAAUCGUGUUACUGUGCAAUUAAAAUGCAUAAUAAUAUAUUAUAGAUUGAGAUAUGAUACGCAGAUUCCAAUGCCCCAAGAGAAUCAUGUAUUUUUUUAAAAAGCCUGGUCUUUGUUUUAUUAAAAUUUGUACAUUGCAUGUUAAACCAACUUGUUUUCGUGUAUUGAUUAAAUUAGCCGUACUAUACUUGAACACUCUCAGAAAAAUAAUAAAAACUUCUUUUUACCUGUGUGAAA